AUGGCACGAAAAGCUACAAAUACAUUAAUAUUGACUAAUUUACAACCCGAACUACUAUAUGCUCCAAAAGCAUUAAUACAAUACAUACAAAAUAAAAAUUACUUAAUUCAAUUAAUUGUCCUAGUUAAAUUUUCAAGAAUAUUGAUUAUUAGUGAAACUCCAACUAUUUCGAAAGAAAUAUUCAAACAUCUACAAGACUCAAAAUUUGAUUUCAAUAUCAGUUAUAGUUUAAAAGACAAUUACUUUAGUUUUAAUUCUAGUGAUUUAGAUGAGAUUAUUGGUUGUGAGAAAGAAUAUCUUGAAUUACCUAAUGAUUUAGAAUCAAGAAGGUUUUUAAUCAGUCCUCCCCUUAGUCCACAUUCUGAAUGGAAUGAUUGGAAUAAAUUAGAAGAUGGUCCAAAUGAAAAAAGUGUUUAUAGUCCUAAUGAAUUAAGUCAUUUAUUAUGGGAAAGAUUAGGUGGGUUUGAAAGUGAUAUUGUUAAGAAAUUUCAUAAACUAGAGGAUAAAAAUGAAGAAGAAGAAGAUGAUGAUGAUGAAGUCGAUAUUUCUACGGAACCUGAGUUGUUGUUUAAAGAUAUUGAAAAUGGUGUGCCUGCAAUUAUAUUAAAUCCGACCAAUAAUAAAGAAAGCGACCAGCCUAUGCCAAGAACUACUUUACCACCAACUAUGUAA